CAGAUGAAAAGGUCAACGCAUAAAGCCGCACGUCACGGCAUCCUCAUGCGUCACAGCGCAGACGCGUGCAUUAAAGCUCCAUCACGACCGUACGUCAUAAGCAUCAUUCAGACGAUAAAUUACGAUUCUGGAUUCCUCGUGAAUACUGAAAAAGGCGUCAUCGCCAUAUCUGUGUCGAGUUCGAACGAAGACUCUACUUCUGUGCUAGGCUGCAUGGACGAGUGAAGUGGAGCCAGCGGUUAUCGAAGGGUAGACAAGCGGCGGGUGAUUGUGAGAAGCAAGUGAAAAGUGUUCGAUAGUGCUGAUAGUUGCAAGAUAUUGAUAAAUCAGCGUACCGCCGAAACACGACGAUGGCUUCUUUCGAGACACUGAGGCAUGAUUACAACAACCACCUGGAAAAAUGCUUCAAGUUGUCAGAUUUAUCCGGAUUCCAAAAAAAGUGUCUGGAAAUGAACACAAAUGUCUCGAAUAGAAAGUCAAUCGUCGAUCAAGCGCUGCGAGAUACGCUGCUUACUGUACUGCUGGAUGAUUCUGUGGGAAACGUACAGCAUCUUGAAUCUUACAUAACGUUUUGUAUCGAGUUAUGUAGGAAAGAUUUAACAACGGCUAGCAUGCCAGUCAUAUUACUCGGUGACAUAUUUGAUUGCAUGACAUUGGACCGAUGUGAAAAGUUAUUCACGUUUGUUGAGAACAAUGUUGUUGUGUGGAAAGAAGAAAUAUUUUUCAGUGCCUGUAAAAACAAUUUACUCAGGAUGUGCAACGAUCUGCUCAGAAGACUUUCUCGCUCUCAACAAACUGUAUUUUGUGGAAGGAUUCUUCUAUUCCUUGCCAAAUUUUUCCCAUUCUCUGAGAGGUCAGGGUUGAACAUAGUUAGUGAAUUUAAUCUCGACAAUCACACAGAAUUUGGCAAUGAGAAAUCAGAGAAAGAAGUGCUUGAGCAGAUCGUAGAAGAUGGCGACAAUACUGAGAACAAAAUUCCAAUAGAUUACAAUCUGUACCGAAAAUUCUGGGCGCUGCAAGACUUUUUCAGAAAUCCAAAUCAGUGCUAUAAUAAAAUGCAUUGGAAGGUUUUCUCUGCUCAUACGUCGCACGUCUUGUCAGCGUUCACGUCUUUCAAAUUAGAAGAGCAGCGUAGCCUUCCAACAAAAUGUACAAAGAUGGACACUUCGUCGGAGGAAAACUACAAGGAAACUCACUACUUCGCUAAGUAUCUCACUAAUCAGAAGCUGUUAGAGUUGCAGUUGUCAGAUUCGAACUUUAGGAGAUACGUACUACUUCAGUUCCUGAUACUCUUUCAGUACCUCAACAGCGCCGUGAAAUUCAAAGCCGAAACACACGAGCUGAAACCUGAUCAAGUCGAAUGGGUCAAGACAACAACAGACCAAGUAUAUUUAUUACUCUCUGAAACACCUCCCAAUGGAUCUGAUUUUGCGGAAACUGUAAAAAACAUUUUAAAACGAGAAGAACACUGGAAUGCCUGGAAGAAUCAUGGGUGUCCACCGUUUAAGAGGCCUGCUCUUGAAUCCAACUCUGAGGGAGAAGAACCAAGAAAACAAAAAAGACGGAUCGGUGACGUAAUCCGAGCUGCCGAAGAUGAAAAAAAGUAUCAUUUAGGAAAUCCUGAGUUGACAAAGCUAUGGAAUUUGUGCCCCAACAAUUUGGAGGCUUGUAAAUCAAUGGACAGAGACUUCCUGCCUUCCCUAGAAACCUAUUUCGCCGAAGCUAUAGAGCAAUUGGAUCCAGCUGCGAUGGUCGAUGAUGAAUACAAGAAAGUAAAUGAUGGUAACUUUGGUUGGAGAGCACUGCGAUUACUCGCUAGGCGGAGUCCUCAUUUUUUUGUACACGGGAAUAACCCCAUCAACAAAUUACCAGAGUAUUUGGAAGCUAUGAUAAAGAAAAUCGCCAAAGAUCGACCGCAAACGCAGUCGGACAUAAAAACAGAAUCUGAAGAAAUUCCCACCGACGGAAACGAGGCCGAAUUCAACGAGGACGUACUUAAACAAGAGACCGAACAAGUUGAGGUUGACGCAUCAACAACAAAGUUCAGUAAAUUCAACAAAGUGACGGCCGAUAUUGUUGCGAAACUGUCAGAUAUAUUAAAAGGGAACUGGAAAGAUCUAGCAGCGAAAUUCGGAUACCAUGCCAACGAAAUCGCAUUCUUUCAGAAGAAACGAACACAGUACGAACAGUGUAAAAGCAUGUUAGAAAUCUGGGCCGAAGAGGACGAGGAUGCAUCGAUCGAAAAUUUGGCUUACAUCCUCGAAGGAUUGGGCUUUACAGAGGCAGUUGCUGUAUUGAAGAGCUAAAACAUGUUCUUAAUCUGUUUCUAGACAAUAAUCAAUGUGACUGAUCGAGGACUAUCGAGGACUACUGCAGCUGCUUUACGUGGCUGAAGACAGGAGAAAAUUUGUUUGUUCUUAAAUUUCCAAAAACACUAAGAACAAUCGAGCGGAUUAGAGAGGUUGAGAAUAAUUUUCGUCAAAAUUGUUUUUUUCGUAAAAUUCUCUUUGUAUUUUAUCCGAAAUGAAAAUAGUAGUGUAUAUGGAAUUAAUAUGAACAUCACAAUUAAAGUAAUUUUAAUAUAAAUCAUAUAAAAAUGAAAUGAACGUAACGUGAAUACAGAUCUAAAGAGUAUUCACUUGGUAAUAAAUUGGGCACUGCAGUAAAAUUUUUCGUGGUAUAAUACGAAUCUUUUAUGCGUAAUACAAUAUCCUCGAACAAGUAUACAAAUCGUAUUUCUCGCACAUACACACACACACACAAACUCACGCACGUAUGCAGUGAUACGUACAACUAAUAAAUAAUUCACGCGUCAUUGCGAUUCCUCUUCAUCUUCUUCGUCUUCUUCUUGUCGUGUAUAUUGCAUACUCCUACGUUACAGAUAUUGGUUUGGAGCUGGUAAUUUUAUCAAGUAGACGAUUAACGAUGAUAGUAUUCUUCUACGAUAGUAACAAAUGUUAUUUUGACUGUUAUGUGGAGGCAGUCGUUUCUGGAUUCACUUUGAGCCUCUAGAAUCAACGCUGCUUGACUAGUUUAAUAUUAUCUGUUUACUAUACGUAUGUUGCUACAGUGAAUAGUGUUUAAAUUAUGAAUACACUCGUUACGUUCUUGCCACUUGACCAAUUCAGUUACACCUAUUUGAUGCCUGCAAUUUAGGCCAUCGAUUCGUUUCUUCGCAGCUGGGGUGAAGAUGAUUUAUUAAUAUUCACCCAUCGACAAGUCAUUUCAAUAAAAUAAUCCAGAUUACCCGUUACUUUUUGCACUAUAGCCAUAUGCACUAUACUUUAGCUGUGUCAGGUAACAUUAAAUAUGCCGUCUUAUUUUUUCAAAUGACUUAUUCGUUGGGACCUUUUAAGCAUUCAUUUGAAAGCAAAGUUGACAAAAUUACAGUAGCCACUAGAAUUCUUGUAAUACGUAAUAAUUCUGGAUAGAAAUCUUGUAUAUGCGAUUCAAAAGUAUAAAACUUGGGCCACAUUUUUCAUCAUGGAGAAAAGAAAUCUAGCUGACAGGUUUAAAUUGUACGCUUGUGGGACAGACAAAAGAGAACUCUAAACUUAUUUUUCUGCAAAAUUACUGAAACAAAUUUUUGGACAGAUUUUUAUACAAAUUUUGUAGCUG